AUGGAGCAAUUUCGUCAGAUUGGAGAGGUGUUAGGAAGUUUAAAGGCGCUAUUGGUGUUCCGAGACAACAUACAAAUCAAUGAGAGACAAUGCUUUUUGUUAUAUGAUAUCUUCAGCUCUGCUUAUGAUUCAAUAUCAGAGGAGAUGAGACUUAAUCUGAGAUUCGAAGAGAAGAACACGAAUAAGUGGAGAAUUCUCGAGCAACCAUUAAGAGAGGUCUAUGGAGUUUGCAGAGAAGGAGAAACUUAUGUUAAGCAAUGCUUAGAAACCAAGGAUUGGUGGGCAAAAGCCAUUCAUCUCCAUCAUAACUCCGAUUGCGUCAAGUUUCAUAUCCACAAUAUACUUUGUUGCCUUCCAAGUGUCUUCGAAGCAAUCGAAAUGGUUGGAGAAAUCUCUGGUUCUGAUCAAGAUGAGAUGCAAAAGAAGAAACGUCUGUACCAUGGAAAAUACUUGAAAGAAUACAGAGAUUGGAAGCUUUUUCAGUGGAAAUUUGGGAAGCAGUAUUUGGUUAGUCAAGAAUUUUGUAACCGGUUGGACAUGGUUUGGAAAGAAGACAAAUGGGUUAUGCUCAAUAGGAUCAAGGAGAAGAAAAUCUUAGGCUUGAGUAAGAAUGAGCAGCGUCUUAUAGAUUUUCUUUUCGAUAGCGUUGAUGGGUCGGAGCCUUUCAAUGGAAAGCUCUUACCACUUUCAAUCUUACUAAAAUCCAAAGACUACCAAGUGAGGAGAAGAUUAGGUGCUAGAAGUCAAUACAAGGAGAUCAUUUGGUUUGGUGAGAGCUUUGUCUCAAGACACUUCUUUGGUGAUCCUGAACCUCUAUUGCCGGAGAUUUCUUCAUUGUUAUCUCUUUCUCACCCCAAUAUAGUUAACUUUCUUUGUGGUUUUGCUGAUGAGGAAAAGAAAGAGUGGUUUUUGGUUAUGGAGCUUAUGAGUAAAGAUCUUUUCAGCUACAUCAAAGAGAUUUGUGGUCCACGGAAGCGGAUUCCAUUUUCGCUUCCUGUGGCAGUUGAUCUAAUGCUUCAGAUUGCAAGAGGAAUGGAAUAUCUCCACUCGAAUCGAAUUUACCAUGGAGAUUUAAACCCUUCUAACAUACUUGUUAGAGCAAGAACGAGUAGUAAUAUCUCCAUAGAAGGGAACUACUUGCUUGCGAAAGUUUCGGGUUUUGGCUUAGCUUCUGUGAGGAGCCCUUCAAAUCAGAAUGAAACUCUUCCAUUCAUUUGGUAUGCUCCAGAGGUUUUGGAGGAGCAAGAACAGACUGGAACUGCUGAGAAUUCAAAGUACGCUGAAAAGUCAGAUGUUUACAGCUUUGGAAUGGUUUGCUUUGAGCUUCUAACUGGGAAAGUUCCUUUUGAGGAUGGUCAUCUCCAAGGGGACAAAAUGAGCCGAAACAUUAGAGCUGGAGAAAGGCCUUUGUUCCCUUUUCAGACACCAAAAUAUGUGACUAAUUUUACGAAGAAAUGUUGGCAUGCUGAUCCACAUCAGCGGCCAAGCUUCUCAUCCAUCUGCAGGAUUCUUCGCUACAUGAAAAGGUUUAUAUCAUUGAAUCCUCCCGACUGCAACAACCAGCAAGACUCUCCAGUGCCACUUCUAGAUUACUUUGACAUUGAGUCAAGCCUUCUCAGAAACUCAACUUCUUGGGGAUGCCCUGAUCAGUUCUCAUCAAUAUUACAAAUUCCAUUUCACAUGUUUGUUUAUAGAAGUUUGGAGAAAGAAAAAACAAAUGCAAGCUCAAAAGAUCACUCUGAAGAGUCGGGAAGCGAAGCAGCUUCGAUUUGUGGAGAUGAAGGAGUGAAUAUAAUUGAGGAUACAUUGCCAUCAACACAAGAAAGGAAGUCUUUAACUUCAUCUGAUAGUAUGAACAAGAAACUCUCAAUGACCAAGAAAUCUUCAGAUGCAAAAACAAAUAAACCAGGCACAAUAACACGGGCACAAACACUUAAGCCUCCACAAAUAAAUUCUAACAGGCGAAGUAUGCGAAGAAAUUCGGAAAGUCAGCUACUUAUGAUAAGUCCAAGACUAAAAAGAACAUCAUCUGGACAUGCCUCAGAUUCGGAGCUCCCAUAG